GCUAAGCGCUUGAACCCCUAAUAAAAAAGGUUUCAUGACACAUUUAGAUGUGACACACUCCACAUUACCCAAUGAGAACAGAGCUUCCGCGAUUGGCUGGUGCACGCUGAGCCGCAGCUGCGUGUUUCUGCGGGCCUGGACUGAGUGACUAUAACGCAGGAGAAAAGCAAUGAAUUCAUUAGAGCAAGCUGAAGACUUGAAGGCUUUUGAGAGAAGACUGACAGAGUAUGUGUCUUGUUUGCAGCCGGCUACUGGCCGCUGGCGUAUGAUUCUGAUUGUGGUGUCUGUGUGCACAGCAACAGGAGCCUGGAAUUGGCUGAUAGAUCCAGACACUCAGAAAGUUUCUUUCUUCUCAUCAUUAUGGAAUCAUCCGUUUUUCACUAUCAGCUGUGUGACUCUCAUUGGCCUGUUCUUUGCUGGAAUACACAAACGAGUUGUCGCGCCAUCAAUUAUUGCAGCACGCUGCCGGACAGUACUAGCAGAAUAUAACAUGUCCUGUGACGAUACAGGGAAACUUAUCCUGAAGCCACGGCCUCAUAUCCAAUAGCACCUUGAAGAAAGAGGGUGGAGAGUAUUUUAUAUAAUCAUAUUAAUCACCAAGAUUGCACAUGGGCCUCGAUGCCAGGAGAUUAUCCAAAGUGUGAGGGAGUCAACCUCCCAAACAGAACUAUAACUUCCCUCUGCAAUUUAUGUAGAAGCAAUGGGAGCUCAAUAGGAAAUGCCUCUCUUGAAGAAAAUCAUUGUUUCUGCAGUUUUAGGUAACAUCCUUAGAAUCAAUUUAUUUUUCUGUUGGAAAAUUGGUUUUUAUUUUAUUGCGGAUUUUGACAUCCUCAUUUCUAAUGCCAUGAUCUUAUUUUAGAUGAAUAUGGUGUUUGUAUUUUUAAGCAAAUUGCUGAACAUAAAAUAAAUAUUUAAGUUUAGAUAUUUGUUCACCAUAAGCUGAUUUUUACAUAUGUGCGCAAUAUUUUUCAGAGUUAUGCCUAUGACAUGAUGCGCUGUUUUUGUUGUUUUUAAAGUGCUUUUAUGCAACCAAAGGCUGCACUAGUUGUGUAACUUAUAAGGGAAACAGGCAAAUAUAUCUCAAGUCAGUGUCGUGGUCGACAGAAAUUUUAUUUACUUUCUCUCCAGAGUAAAAGUUUACAAGAAAACAUUUAAGUGGAUGAUGUUGGCAAAAAUAAAAUGUUGUUUGUUG